CAGAAAGAGACCAUCGUGCACGACCACUUUCGCUUGUUUUCUCUCAGUGUGAAGUAAAACAAAACGUUCUGUUAGUUUUGAAACGCUUUCUCAAGGUUUAGCGCAACGGCCGGAUCAGUGGUGUCCUCAUUGGACUAUAAAUAACUGAGGGGGGUGCACUAUGAGGACACUGUGUUGUGGUCCACCUCACUGAAGCUGUCCCUGCAAACAGGUGGAUUUGGGAUAUUUCAAGAAGGUAUCUGAGGCCUCAGCAUGCCAGUUCCCCCCCCUCCCCCGCCUCCUCCCCUGGCUCCCCCCCCACCACCUCCACCCAGCGCUGCCCUGCCACAGUGUCCGUCGGAGCCUCCUAAGCUCCAGUGUGCAGGAGCAGGUGGAAGGAAUGCCCUGCUGGCCGACAUCCAGAACGGAGCCCGACUCAGGAAAGUAGCACAAGUCAACGACCGCAGUGCCCCGGCCGUGGAGAAUCCCAAGACUAGCCCUGGAGAUGUGUCCAGUGUGGGCUCAGCAGGAGUGGGACCUGUGGGACCCUCUUUGGGGGGGCUCUUUGCUGGAGGUUUCCCCACCCUCAGGCCUGUAGGACAAACCAGCAAGACCCCAGUGUCCCGGUCGAGCUCCUCCGCCUCCCUGAAGCCCCUGUGGAACCCCCCCCCUCCUCCUCCUCCAGCCGACAGCAGCAGCGUCUCGGAGCAUCAGAGGACAGCAGAGCACCGUCGCUCCGUCCACCGCCCUCUCCCCCCCUCCUCCUCCGCUCCCACCUCCCCCUCCCACAGCAGCAGGCACCCACCUUCAUUCCCCACUUACUCUCCCCCUCCUCCUCCACCUGCUCCUCCCUCUGCCCCUCCUCCACCGCCUCCUCCACCUCAGGACCGACCCGCCAACAGACACCCUCCCCUCCCCACCUGCCCUCCUCCCCCACCUCCAUCCCAGGUCACCAAGCCCACCUGGCUCCCCCUCCAGCACUCCCACCACAGCCCCAUCUCCCAGCCCUCUACUCCUCCUCCCCCUCCUCCACCUUUCCAGUCUCACUCUGCUGUACCAGGGGAUCGCACCUCAGGGUGCUUCUACCCUCCGCCUCUAGUCUCCUCUGAACCCUCGAGGUUCCCCAUCCUGCGGGACAGCCCCCUGGGACCUCCUCCCCCACCUCCGCCUCCUCCUCUCCCAUCUUCUUACACCCCCACCUGCCCAUCCACUCUCCCCCCUCCACCACCCAAGCUGGCCGCAGUACCCUCACCAGCCAUGCGCCCUCUGCCCCCCUCGUACCCCUGCAACGCCCCCACCCGACGGCCGCCUGCUGUGCCCAGAAGUGCAGGUGGCGGUCGGCUGGCUCCUCCGCCGGCUCCCCCGGCACGCUCCCCCUCGACCGAGCUGUCCACCCGCAUUCCUCCCCCCCCGCCUCCCCCCCUGCCUCCGUCAAGCCUCAGGAAUGGACACCUGCACAGCCUGGCAGAUGAUUUUGAAUCCAAGUUCCAGUUCCACCCCGUAGAGGACUUCCCUCCUCCAGAAGAAUUCAAACCUUUCCCUCGGACUUACCCCAGCAAAGAAAACAGAGUGAACCCCAACCCCCCUGGGAUAAGGACACACCUCAGAUGAGUCAUAGCCACAUCCUGAUCUUCAUCCCCCCACUCACAUAUCAGGCAGUUUUCCUCCUCUUCCUCCUUCUCGUGACAAUUACAUAACUGUCAUGGACUUAUUUGGAUGAAAACUGUGUGUGUGUUCAUGUUUAGUGUAUGUGUGUGUGUGUAUGUUGGUGUCAAACAGGGUCCCGCCUUAUUCUGACUAUGUGACCUCUGACCUUUUCCAGUGUGGAAUGUUUUGAAUGUGUGAGGAGGAGGGCGACUCUCCCUCCUCAGACUCACACGUUACAUACAGACCGUACACACACAAGAGACAGUGUCUUCCAGCAGCUGAAUUUAGUAUUACAAUUGAUACAUUUUAUAAGCAUUUCAAAAUCUACGUGCAGAUUAUUAUAUUUUCAUUUCAUGUCAGGAUCUGUCCCUUUUACAGAAGCACUUGUAAAGAUGGUUAAUGCAGAAACAAUGUUUAGAACACAGAAAGUAAAGCUCUUUUAAAUAUACAAACUGUGGUCCAGCAAUGACUACUGCACUAAAAUAAACUCUUUAAAAGGUUUAAGCAGGACAAUCCAUUUAAAAUGUUAUCUGUCAAAAGCAUGUAAGAAGAAAACUUAAAGAGGCCCUAUUAUGCUUUUUAGGGUUUUCCUUUUCCUGUAGUGUGUUGAAUAGGAUUGUAUGCAUGUAAAUGGUCUGCAAAGGCUUAAAUCCCAAAGUUCUUGGAACACCUAUAUUGUAGUUCUUUGUUUACUUCUGUAACAUAACAUCACUAUGUAUUACUUGAGCUUCUAUUGGCUAGCUCUCCAAUACAUUGUACGUGAUAGGCUAAGGGGCGGGACAUUUCUAAGCGGUUGACCAAUCACAACAGAGCCGGCCAGCUAACCAAUCAGACCAGACUGGGCUCUGGUUUCAGACAGUCACCCUCUGUGAGGUGGGAGAGGUGGGAUAAAGAGGUGCUGCAGCACAGGCAGUAUGAGAAAAAUAAAGAGCUUUUUGAACAUUAAAGCAUGUCACAGUAGAGGCAUAAAAUACAAAUAUGAACCUGAAAUAGGGCCCCUUUAACCUCAAUGAGAACAACAAAAGUGCAGGUGACUACUUGGGCUAUGCUUUCAUCUAUCUUUGUACAUAUGGUGGUGCUCUCCUUUGUGUUUGAUUUUAAUAAGUAACUAAUGCAUCAAGACAUUUAAUAAUCAUGGGAAUGCAUCUUGUUUCUCUGUUGUGAAUGCAUAAUGAAUGAGAUGUAGUGUCACCUUCCUCCGUGUUAACCAAUACUAACACCUGUGAAGACAGUGCCACCUGCUGGUUCAAUGUGUAAAGUGUUACAAGGUGUGAAAACCAAAUAAACCACAGUAUUUUGUUUUAGAAA